AUGUUUCCCUCUCUGCUGCGACGCCCCAGGGCUGGCCCCAAUCGAAUCGAUCGUCGCCAGAACACAAGUGCUUCUCCUUCUCCAGGCCCUGCGAGACGACGCUAUACCUUGGAACGACAUGCAACGGCCGAUUUCACCGAGGCCGAUGACGACGAUGCUGAUUUUACCCACGACGAAGGCUUGAGGCGUUAUCGAAGUAAUGACCGGCGUACGAAUAACGAUGGCGAUGAGGACGACGAAGACGACAACGACGGAGAUGGGAACGGAAUGAACGAAGAUGGACGACGGAGUGGUCUCCCUGUUCUGCCGCUGUUCUCUGCUUCUCAUUUGGACUCUCUACCAGUGUAUAGCAUAACACACGCUAUUCGAGUUAUCAUUUCAACGCGAACCGAAACAACGUUAUCAUGGGACCAGCUUCGAUCGCCCCAAGUUUCCCAAUUCCUUGUCAAACCUAUGCAACAACAGAUUCGCGCUCAGCACUUCAGUCGUGCAACUCUGUAUGCUCUCAUGAUCAACUGCCUUCAGUUUACCAAGGAGGGUGCACGCUAUCCAGGCAAUGCAGGCAUAAGUAGCACUCGUGCCAAGGUUUGCGAAUUGCUGACUCUCAAACUUCUAAAAGAGUACAAUACCCGGGAGCUCAUUGAUGCCCUGGCCUAUGGAUUUUACCCUCUUCAAGGUCUCCCUGGAUCGCAAAUACCUACCUCUCCACGGAAAUCACCACCGGCCAAUGGACUGCCCUUGAUUGCAUCUCGAACAUCAACUCUUGAAGUUGCAAUUCGAGCCUCCGCUAAGCAUUUGCUUGCGCAUCCGCUGGUCGUCCAACAGCUCGAGGCUAUUUGGAGCGGCGCAAUCACCUUUCACUCGGCUGCCGACAACCUACAUCGCGAACCCCCGCCGAUCAACAACCGCAACCAAAACGGGUUUAUAGGAAAGGCGGAUGACAGAACUCCGUUACUUGGGUCGUCUGCUCAGAAGGACUCUUACUUUGCUCCGCCAGGGCGUCGUACGGCGUCGCUCUACGACCCUCGACAAGCAUCUCUUCUGAAGCUCUCCCGACUUCGAGUUCCUCGGUACAGAUCUUUUCUAUCCACAAUAUCUCUUGCGGUGUUGAUUGGAUUGUUCCUUGCAGUUCUUGCUGAACGUUCUGUUCAAAUUACUGGUUUGGAACUGAUUUUCUGGUUCUGGAGUGCCGGCUUCAUGCUUGACGAGCUUGUUGGUUUCAAUGAACAGGGAUUCGAGCUUUACAUCAUGAGCGUUUGGAGAGUAUUUGACCUUGGCAUCUUGCUGUUGUUGAUUGUCUAUUACUGCAUGCGAGCAUAUGGCGUUUUUCUAGUCGAUCCCCAUCAUUGGAACGAUCUGGCGUAUGAUGUCCUUGCAGCCAACGCGAUUCUUCUUCUGCCGCGCAUCUUCAGUAUCCUGGAUCAUUACCAAUACUUUUCGCAACUGCUUAUCGCGUUUCGACUGAUGGCCGUCGAUCUUGUUGCGGUGUUCGUUCUCAUUGGAAUCCUCUGCAGUGGAUUCUUCUUUUUCUUCACGUUGACGAAGAAUUCGCUGGGGCCGAGUGAUGUCGCCUAUAAGAUUUUUCAGAUUCUUAUGGGUUUCACCCCUGCGGCCUGGGAAGUAUGGGAUGCGUACAACUGGUUAGGGAGAGCUUUGCUGGUCCUUUUCCUCAGCAUUUGUCAUUUCCUUGUCGUGACCAUCUUGAUUACUGUCUUGACCAAUAGUUUCAUGGCCAUUGCGAGCAAUGCAAACGAAGAGCAUCAAUACUUGUUCGCAAUUAACACCAUCUCCAUGGUGAAGAACGAUGCAUUGUUCUCUUAUAUUGCUCCCAGUAAUAUCUUCGCUUGGCUACUGAUGCCUCUUCGAUACUUCAUGCCGCUGAAGCAUUUCGUUUGGCUGAACCGGACGGUGAUCAAAGUCACACAUUUUCCUGUGCUCUUCUGCAUCUACCUAUAUGAGAGAUAUUGGCUGGCCCCCUCAAUGUAUGAGCCUACCGACUUGGUGGAACAUCCAACUCGUGAGCGAAGUCGGCACAUCUCCUUCAUGGAUCCCGCUGGCCGAGCAGCCAUGUUUAGUCCAAGCGUUAGGGUUCGCGAAGAAUCAGUGGCUGGCUUCCAGCAGGAUCGCGCUCUUGAAGAAGUAUUCCGACGCAUGCCAGACCCUCUCACAUUGAGAACACAGAGACGCCAUGAGAGACGGAAAACGCAGACAGCGAUCCGUAACUGGAUGGAUCAGCACGACGAGAACGAAGCUUCUCCAGGUACAUGGCAAACACCAGAGGCUACUAUGCCUCCUUGGCAACGACGAUCCAGCAUGGGCUUUGCUCGAACCACCAACUUGAGGCGCGUUUCAGAUGUGAGAUCAACAGCGAGUGAUCCUGCUGAUCUGAUUUCCAAUGCCGGCCAGCCUCUUCGACCAUCUCGUUUCUCGACAACUCGCCUGGCUGGUGAUCCCGAAUACAAGGACCAAACCGAUGCGGACGGAGAUGACGAACUUGUGACAAAUGAUGAGGAUGAGGACGACCAUCAUACGAAUGCCGCUCAAAGCCAAGUUGCCAGAAGUCACCGAAUUAGUGAGGAAGCUGACAGCUACUUUGCACCCAAUGCCAACAGCUAUGGCAAACUAGCCUCGUCUGUGAGCUCAUCGGGAAAGAGCAAAAAUAAAGCACCAACCCCUCGACCUAAACGAGGCGCGCAUAACCGAACUCUUUCCACCAACACGAUACUGUUCAAUCCCCAAGACUUUAAGCAAGUGUCAAAAGCGUCUUCACUUUCGCCGCCCCCUGCUGCCCAACCACGCCCACGCACCAGUGGGCGUCUGGCAACAGGAGAAAAGACCCCAAGACGCAGCUCGCCCCGUCGUUCUAUGUAUGUCACCAACACCAAGCCUCGACCAGUGAUGCCACCGCGAGGCAUGACUGAGGCUGGUGCUGUCAGCCGAUCGGCCCUUCUCAGCAUUGAGCCACGCAACCGACCUAAGGAUGUCCGGAGGUUAUCCUCAGUUGAUCUGAGUGCUAUCUCUGACCACGUUGGGGCGGAUCCCAUUGGAGCUAUGCCAGGCAGUUUUCAGACGCAAAUGGCCAUGGCCAUGAUGAAGGACAACCAGCUGCGAGGAGUUGGUGGUAACGACUCGGCUGACCGCGACAGGAUGGGAAGACUAGUGUUGGCUAGAAUGAAGACCCUGGAGGAGAGCUUCGCGGAUGUGAUCAAAGAGAUGCGAGACUUGAAGAAGUCGUCAACAGUUCCCACAACGCGACGCAAUUCAUCAGGAGACGAGGGAACUACGACACAGAUGAUUGAAGUAGCUGGACGAGACCGACUACGGAAAUACACCGCUGAGAACAAUCAACGCAAGGUGGCGUCUAAGCGACCAGUUAGUCGGCGAAGUUUCAAGGAGACCAAGCCGGGCUGGGAUGCAAAGGGAAAGGGCAAGGAAGUGGCCUAUGAGUCUGACGACGAAGCUGAGACGGACGACAGUCUGUUUCAACGGGGAGGCUCAUUGUAA